UAUCCUGUUUUCUUCUUUUCAAAUUUAGGCUAAAGCUAUUAGAACUUGAAUCUUUUAUUAUGUUCUGACCUUUUUCAGCUCCAAACUUAAAGCCAUUUUGUGUAUUGUGAAGAUAAAUUUGAGGAAAGAAAAAAUGGAUAUUCAAGAAAGGGAAAUAGACCUUGAGUGUCCACUAUUAGUUUCAAAUUCAAGAAAUGAGGAAUCCAAGAAUAAGAGAAAAUGUGAUGUUUUUCUUGAAGAAGUGAAGAAGAUUUUGGCAUUAGCAGGGCCUUUAAUGUCAGUCAAUCUUCUGCUAUAUUGUUUACAGGUGAUUUCUGUGAUGUUUGUUGGUCAUCUUGGAGAGUUAGCUCUUUCUGGUGCUUCAAUGGCUACUUCCUUUGCCACUGUCACUGGUUUCAGCUUGUUGGCAGGAAUGGGAAGUGCAUUGGACACAAUAUGUGGUCAAUCAUAUGGUGCAAAGCAAUAUCAUAUGCUUGGUAUUCAUAUGCAAAGGGCCAUGAUAGUUCUUCUUUUAGUCAGCAUUCCCUUAGCCUAUAUUUGGGCAAAUGCAGGACACAUUCUUGUAAUCUUGGGACAAAAUCCGGAAAUAGCAGCUGAAGCGGGAAAUUAUGCAGGAUUCAUGAUCCCGAGCGUCUUUGCCUAUGGACUAUUACAAUGUCAAAUUAGGUUCCUACAAGCGCAAAACAACGUCCUCCCUAUGAUGCUUACCGCAGGAGCCACUACUUUGUUGCAUUUAUUCACUUGUUGGAUUCUCGUGCUCAAAACCGGCCUUGGCAACAAAGGGGCAGCUCUGGCUAACGCUACAUCUUACUGGAUUAACGUGUUUCUGCUAGCUGCAUAUAUUAGGAUAUCUCCUUCUUGCAAAGUUACUUGGACCGGAUUUUCAGUUGCAGCGUUAUAUGAUAUCCCGAGAUAUCUUAGACUAGCUAUUCCUUCAGCCGUUAUGGUUUGCUUGGAGUGUUGGUCGUUUGAAAUGAUGGUUCUGUUAUCCGGUCUUCUUCCAAAUCCAAAACUAGAAACCUCGGUUCUUUCCAUCAGCCUUAAUACAUCUACAAUGAUGUACAUGUUGCCUUUUGGACUAAGUGGUGCCACAAGCAUAAGAGUUUCGAAUGAAUUAGGUGCUGGACGACCAAAAGCAGCUCGUAUAGCAGCGUAUACUGCAUUGCUCUUAGCUACCGCAGAAGGAAUUAUAGUAGCAAUUUUCAUUAUUUCGGUUCGUAAAUUGUGGGCGUAUUGUUACAGCAAUGAGGAAGAAGUAGUAACAUAUGUAGGGGAAAUGUUAAUGUUUAUAGCAGGAUCACACUUCAUAGAUGCAAAUCAAUCUGUACUUUCAGGUAUUGCUAGAGGGGUUGGUUGGCAAAAAAUAGGUGCAAUUGUUAAUUUGGGAGCUUAUUACCUCUGGGGAAUACCUGCUGGUAUUGUAUUAGCUUUUUUCUACCAUUUUGGAGGAAAGGGACUUUGGUUGGGGCUCACUCUAUCACUUCUUGCUCAAGCCCUGAUUUAUUUAGUGGUUACUUUGAGGACAAAUUGGGACAAAGAGGCAAAGAAAGCAACUGGUAAGGUGACUCCAGAGUUAGCAUAGAAGAAAAUAGUUAAAGAGAAUUGAGCAUUUGGAUUUACAACUGGUAUGGUUUUGGGACAAUUGGUUCUUGUUUUAGUUUUGAAAAAAUAUAUGUGAAUAUUGAUUUUGUUUUGGUAGAAUAUGGUUUUGCAGAUUUUUUGGAAUAAUCAA